AUGGAUGACUAUCCGAUGUAUGGGUUGCUUGUUGGGUUCUCCCUUUGGGGGACCCUCUGGCGUCUCCUCUUUCCCCUGGGGUUCUGGCACGCCUUUACGUGUAGAGUAGACACCCGGGGUGGGACCUCCACUAAGCCGUAUACGAAGGAGGAGGAGGCAAAGAUGGCCGCCAUCCUGCAGGAGAAAAAAGAAAGGAAGGAGGCCAAGAAGAAGGCCUUACAGGAGGAGCAGGCGGCCAAGUUGAGAAAGAUUGAGGAGGAGAUGGCCAGAGAGAAGGAGAGAAUAAAAAAGGAAGAAGAGGAGAAGUUGAAAGAGGUGGAAGAGGAAGAGGAAGAAGAUGAAACGCCACUACAAAGGAAGAGGGGGCAGUACAGUGGCAGCAAAGAUAGUGAGAUGGAAAAGCAGAUUUCAGAGUGGGUCGCCAACUUAUUCCUGGGCGAAGAAGAAGAAGUGGCGAUGUAUAUUCCCAAGGAUGAGCAAGAAGCCGCUAUGAAAAAGUGGGAUGCAGAAGAAGAUGUCAUAAAGCGGCAGGCGUUGGAAGAUGAGAAGAGGAUGGAGUGGAAACUGGCAGUGAUGAGGGAGAAGAAGAGGAGAGUAGACGAGGCAGCGUAGGCGGCAGAAGAAUUAGAAGAGGUGAAAAAGAUAGAAGAGCAAUUAGCCGCCCAGACU